GAUGAACGUCAACAUGGCUGAAUCGAUGAGAGCUGCCGCGAAGAGUUGAUGUGGCACAACAGAGCGAAACAUUGACAGUGAAUUUGAGGUGGAUUAGGGAUAUUUAUUUAAACAGAUUAAGUUCAGUAAAACAGACUAGGUCACCAUGUAUCUUCACAGACUGUUGAAAUGCGCUCAGCUUUUGACAAGACCAAAUGCUCUGCACAUCACCAGAAGAGCUGCUUCACAAGGAAAGAUGCCCCUGGCAAGGGCUCACGGUAAGUCGUUUGCCCACCGGGGUGAUCUGCGACUGGCUAAGAGAAUUGUCGUCAAGCUUGGGAGUGCUGUCGUGACCCGUGAUGAGUGCGGCCUUGCUUUGGGGAGGCUUGCUUCAAUCGUAGAACAGGUGGCGAUGCUUCAGUCUCAAGGUAGAGAGAUGAUGAUCGUGACCAGUGGCGCUGUAGCGUUCGGAAAACAGAGACUGAGGCAUGAAAUUCUCCUCUCGCAAAGUGUCAGACAAGCUUUGCAUUCAGGCCAGAAUCAACUAAAAGACAUGGCACUUCCAGUUCUGGAGGCGAGAGCCUGCGCUGCUGCCGGUCAGAGCGGUCUUAUGGCUCUGUAUGAAGCUAUGUUCACUCAGUACAGCACUUGCACAGCACAGAUCCUGGUGACAAACUUGGACUUCCAUGACGACCAGAAGAGACGGAACCUAAACAGCACUCUCCAUGAGCUCCUACGGAUGAAUAUCGUGCCCAUCAUCAACACCAACGAUGCUGUGGUGCCUCCCCCAGAACCCAACAGUGACCUUCAGGGGGUAAAUGUUAUCAGUAUCAAGGACAACGACAGCCUCGCGGCACGGCUUGCGGUGGAGAUGAGAGCAGAUCUUCUCAUUGCUCUCUCUGAUGUGGAGGGACUUUAUGAUAGCCCACCAGGGUCCGACGACGCCAAGCUCUUAGAUACAUUUUACCCCGGGGACCAGCAUUCCAUUACCUAUGGCACAAAGUCAAGAGUCGGGAUUGGAGGAAUGGAAGCUAAAGUGAAAGCAGCUCUCUGGGCUCUUCAGGGCGGGACGUCCGUCGUCAUUGCUAGCGGUACGAACCCCAAGGUCACAGGUCAUGUGAUCACUGACAUUGUCGAGGGCAAGAAAGUUGGAACUUUCUUCUCAGAGGUCAAGCCAGCUGGCCCCACAGUAGAGCAGCAGACAGAAAUGGCCCGAGCGGCUGGCAGGGUUCUUUCUUCCCUGGAGCCGGAACAGAGGAGUGAGAUCAUCUGCAUGUUUGCCGACCUCCUGACUGAGAGGAAAGAGGACAUUUUAGCCGCCAACAAAAAGGACAUGGAGAUAGCGAUCAACUCUGGACGCAUGUCUCCAGCCAUGAUAAAGCGACUAAGUUUGUCCUCAUCCAAGCUUAACAGUCUGUCCAUCGGUCUGCGUCAGAUCGCCGUAUCCUCUCAGGAUAGUGUGGGCAGGGUUCUGCGCAGGACCCGCGUGGCAAACAAUCUGGAACUGGAGCAGAUCACCGUGCCCAUAGGAGUACUCCUGGUCAUCUUUGAGUCCAGACCAGACUGCCUGCCUCAGGUUUCCACUCUAGCCAUCGCCAGUGGCAAUGCUCUUUUGCUUAAAGGUGGCAAAGAGGCUGCCAACACAAAUCACAUCCUGCACGAGCUCGCCCAAGAGGCCCUGUCCAUUCAUGGAGUCAAAGAUGCCAUUCAGCUGGUGAGUACGCGUGAAGAAGUGGAAGAUCUGUGUCGUCUGGAGAAGAUGAUCGAUCUGAUCAUUCCCCGUGGCUCUUCUCAGCUGGUCAGAGAUAUUCAGCGUGCAGCUAAGGGCAUCCCUGUUCUUGGUCACAGUGAGGGGAUCUGCCAUGUUUAUGUGGACCAUGAGGCCAGUAUUGAGAAAGCCCUCAAAAUCAUUCGAGAUUCCAAAUGCGACUACCCUGCAGCCUGUAAUGCAAUGGAAACCCUUCUGGUGCAUCGGGACAUUCUCAGAACUCCGUUGUUUGAUCAGAUCAUCGAAAUGUUGAGAACAGAACAAGUGAAGAUCCACGCUGGUCCUAAGUUUGCGUCCUACCUGACCUUUAGCCCGUCAGAAGUUAAGUCUCUGCGCACAGAGUAUGGGGAUCUGGAGUGCUGUAUUGAAGUGGUGGACAGUAUGCAGGAGGCUGUGGAUCACAUCCAUAAAUAUGGCAGCUCACACACUGAUGUUAUAGUCACAGAGAACGAGGACACAGCAGAGCUGUUUUUGCAACAGUUGGACAGCGCCUGUGUGUUCUGGAACGCAAGCACACGAUUUGCGGAUGGAUAUCGCUUUGGUCUUGGUGCGGAGGUUGGCAUCAGCACGGCCCGUAUUCACGCCCGUGGACCUGUGGGAUUAGAGGGGCUCCUCACUACCAAGUGGGUCUUACGGGGAGACGGCCACACGGCUGCGGACUUCUCCGAGCAGGGCAGCAUGAAGUUCCUUCACGAGAACAUCCCGGUCGCACAGCUACUUCCCGGCCGCAGAACCACCAGCUAGAAACGUUUAGUAAAAGCAUAAACAGGCAAAUACCUUACAACUCCUUGUCGUUUCCAUCAAAUUUUCUUAAAAACAACAUCUCUCCCACUUCAGGAAGUGUGUUUGGAAUGAGCCAGACAGAAAACAAUUCAGUGAACGCAUACUUAUCAGAGUUUUCAGUGUUUGCAUCACACAGUCUUUCUCAAGGGCAACUAUGAAGGGCCAUGCCAAAUGACAGUGAUGAUGAGACAUUUAUUUAGAGAUUCAUUCAACGUGUGUUGGAAUCAGACAGUUUAAUGGACAGUUGCAUUUUUCCAUACAUCGCAUUUGUUUUCAUUUUCAAAUUUUGCAUUUAUAAUGUUCUUGGCUUCUUUUGCGCAUUGAUCAUGUGUACUGUAGAAAUGUACCUGUCAUCUGUGUAAAAUUGAUCCUGGGGUGGACGGCCUUCGUCCUGAAUCGCUGCUCUGGGCCUUGUUGGCUUUAUGUAAAUGUGCUUUAAUGCUCUACAAAAUAGAUACAAUUGUGGUGCAAAUACUCUGUGAUGUUCACAAAUUUUCUUUGUUGAAUAAACUUUUUUUUGUAUUUUUAAAAAAAGAUUUUUGUACAUUAAGAAGCAUAAGGACAUCACUUGAAAUGUUAAUGAUGUUAGGAGAAAGAUUAGGUCAGCCUAUCCGAAUGCAGGAAAAAUAAGGAAGGCAACAAGACAUUAUGAACUUGAUUAUGAUUUUUUUGUGCAUGACAGUGUAAGAAACAUCAAGAGGUUUUUCAGUAGGGAGUAAGUCUCGACAAGUACUAAGUGGGACAUGGAAAACAAUACUACAGAGGAUUAAUUAUGUUGUUAUUAAGAAUGAAGAGGAGGCGACUGAAGACUGAAGCUUGUCACUGCCUUUUGACUCGUGAAUCUUUUUUAAUCUCCAGAAAUGCGCUGUUUACACUCAAUGAGACU